UGUAAAUUUCCGAGACAGAGAACAGUUCAGAAGUCCGGGGGAGUCUCAAAGGGUUUAGAGAAUCGCAGACCAGACAAUGGGGAGAACUCUUUGCUCUACCGUCGUCAUUCCCCUUAAACUGAGGAGAUUCUCUUCGGUUCCUCAAUCUUGUCCAGGCAAACCGAACCAUAGGUUUGCUUCCUCUUUCAGGACAAGUGUGCCCCUUUCUGCGACACCUGCACGCUAUUUCCAGAAGAGGGCCGCGAUUUCUGAAGCUCCAAACACAAGGAAGUAUCCAAGAGUGGGCGCCGAGUCGACGGGCCCAGUUCCUGCGUCGGAGCUCCUUGGGAUCGUCGAGCUCGCCGCUAAAAUCGGAGCAGAGGUUGUCAUGGAUGCUGUUAACAAGCCACAAAAUAUUAGCUAUAAAGGAGCCACAGAUUUGGUGACAGAUACAGAUAAAAUGACUGAGAAUGUCAUUUUAGAUGUUGUGAGAAAGAAAUUCAAAGACCACCUUAUUCUUGGGGAGGAAGGAGGUCUUAUUGGGGAGACAGCUUCUGAUUAUCUUUGGUGCAUUGAUCCCUUAGAUGGGACAACAAAUUUUGCGCAUUGUUAUCCAAGCUUUGGUGUAUCAAUAGGAGUUCUCUUUCGCGGAAGGCCAGCUGCUGCUUCUGUGGUAGAGUUUGUUGGUGGCCCUAUGUGUUGGAACACUCGUACAUUCACUGCAUCGGCAGGUGGUGGAGCUUUUUGCAAUGGUCAGAAGAUCCAUGUUAGCCAGACUGAGCUGAUAGAACAUUCGCUACUUGUAACUGGAUUUGGAUACGAACAUGAUGAUGCAUGGGCAACUAAUAUGGAUUUAUUCAAGCAUUUCACUGACAUAAGCAGGGGGGUUCGUAGACUUGGUGCAGCUGCCGUGGACAUGUCUCAUGUAGCCUUGGGUAUUGUUGAAGCCUAUUGGGAGUAUCGCCUUAAACCAUGGGAUAUGGCUGCCGGAGUACUGAUAGUUGAAGAAGCUGGUGGGACUGUUACGCGCAUGGACGGAGGAAACUUUUCAGUGUUCGAUCGAUCCGUCCUCGUUUCAAACGGCAUUGUUCAUGAAAAGCUUCUUGAGAGGAUUGGUCCUGCUACUGAUGAAUUGAAGGAGAAAGGUAUUGAUUUCUCCCACUGGUUCAAGCCUGAGAGUUAUUUCACUGAUAUCUGAGCUCUAAUUUGCAUUUUUAUUAUGAAACAUCAUCCAGCUUUUCUUCACUUAUUCCUUCUGGCCAUCUUGAUGAACAAAAAUUCAACCUUAUGUAAAACAAUUGGCUUCAUUUGCUCAUUCAGAUGAGAAUAUGUUCAUAGUAUGGCACAUACCAUUCAAUUCUUAUGUUUUUACAUAUAU